AUGCCAGCCCAAGACAAAUCAUCGGGCAUUGAGCAUGUCAAGCAAGUGUCACUCUUUCGCAAGAAAGCAAUUCAUCACUCUACGGCAAUUCACGGUACCGACCUUACGGCCAACCUUGAUGCCAAGAUCAAGAACCCGCUUGCCGGAAUCCCCAAGCACGAGCUCAUGUCCCAAGUUGAAGACUUUGCUGAUGAGAAAUGUCUCGUCGAGUACACCGAUAUCUUGAAGAAAGGGGCGUUGAUCGCCCAGGAUCCUGAGAAUUACGACAAUAUUCUCGGAGAGCACCAGCUUACCCAAGAAGAAUGUAUGGCCCUGCAGGCCGAGGUAAAACACAAAUGGAGAGUUCCAAAGAUGCUCUACCUGACUAUAAUCACCUGCUCCAUCGGCGCCGCCGUCCAGGGCUGGGAUCAGGAGGGUAGCAAUGGCGCGAACCUGUCCUUCCCCCAGGCACUCGGACUCGACUUGAAUACCACGUUUGGGACAUACAUUCAAGGACUGAUCAACUCCGGAGCCAUCUUCAUUGCGGCAAACUUCUGCUUCUGGCCUGUGAUCGGCAGUGCCUGCGCUCGAACAUGGCAACAGCUUCUUGUCUGCCGUCUUCUUCUAGGCGUCGGGAUGGGCGUAAAGGGAAGCAGCGUCCCCAUUUUUGCAGCCGAAAACUCUCCUGCUGCCAUCCGGGGGGCUCUUGUCAUGACAUGGCAGUUAUGGACUGCCUUCGGUAUCUGUCUCGGAACGUGCGCAAACCUCGUUGUUGGCAGCACCGGCGCGAUCUCGUGGCGGCUCCAGUUUGGCAGUGCUUUCAUCCCAGCUGUGCCUCUGAUGGUUUUUAUCUUCUUCUGCCCCGAGUCUCCUCGAUGGUACAUGAAGAAAAAUCGCUACCCGCAAGCAAUGAAGUCACUUCUCAGACUGCGGAACCAUCCUGUCCAGGCAGCUCGUGACCUUUACUGUAUUUACGCUCAGCUCGAGGUUGAAAGAGAGAUCAUCCACGGUUCGACCUAUAUACAGCGCUGCAUCGAGCUAUUUACUGUCCCGCGCCUCCGACGUGCCACCUUGGCCUCUUUUGUCGUCAUGAUCGCCCAGCAAAUGUGCGGGAUCAACAUUAUCGCAUUUUAUUCAUCCUCAAUCUUCGAGCAGGCUGGCACCUCCGCUUACACCGCCCUCCUCGCCUCGUUCGGCUUCGGUCUCGUCAAGUUUGUCUUUGCCUGGCCGGCUAUCUGGACCAUAGACACCUUUGGUCGGCGAUCUCUCCUCUUGUUUACAUUUCCAAACAUGGCCUGGGCCCUCCUUGCUGCGGGUCUUUGCAACCUCAUUCCGGGGCCGGGAUCCGUUCAUCUUGGCCUCGUCGCACUCUUCAUUUACAUCUUUGCAAGCUUCUACUCGCCUGGCGAGGGCCCCGUGCCCUUCGUAUAUUCCGCCGAGGUCUUCCCCUUGUCUCACCGUGAAGUCGGAAUGGCCUGGGCAGUCGCAACCUGCUUCUUCUGGGCAUCCGUCCUCACUGUUUCGUUUCCAGCCAUUCUCAAGGCGCUCGGUGUCGUGGGUGCUUUCUGUUUGUAUGCGGGCUUCAACCUGAUUGCUUUUGCCAUGAUAUUCCUCUGUGUGCCCGAGACGAAGCAGCGCACACUCGAAGAGUUGGACUACGUAUUUGCGGUGCCGACCCGUACCUUCAUCAAGUACCAACUCAAUGCCUGGCUGCCAUGGUUCAUUAAACGCCAUGUGCUCUUCAACAGGAGCGCGGAACUUAAGCCGCUGUAUCAUUUUGACAGUGUUGGAAGGACCGUGAGCGAGGAGGAGAGUGAUAGCAUUGAUUCCAAGGCACAGGCUUACCUCAAGGAGGACCGUGCUGAGAAAAAAGUCAGUUUCGUAGCGCAAUGA